AUGCCCGACGAUAAGAAUUACCUAGGAGUGACGAUGGACGAGAAAAAGGGCAAUUUCCCAUCGACAGUUACCCUGGAAAAUUUCAGUUCCACAGCGACUUUAAACGAGCCCGUACGGAUACCGAUAAGUAAAUUAAACUAUCCAGAAAAGCAGUACAAUCAGUACGAGCACAGGAAAUUGGAACAUCCUAAUACAUUCACCGGAGCUUUCAUUCAUGUGGUUAAAAGCUCACUAGGUACAGGCAUCCUGGCCAUGCCGAGGGCGUUCAAAGCCGCAGGGUUGGCCGUAGGAUUUUUCGGUACCCUGUUCGUAGGAAUGGUUUGCACACAUACAGUAAACAUGCUGGUUUCGGCGUCGCAAAAAAUGUGCGUAAAAACCAAAACCCCCAGUUUGGGAUACGCCGAAACGGCGGAGGCGGUUUUCCAAAACGGUCCCAAGGGGUUCCGGCGAUGGGCCGGCUUCGCCAGGAACUUCUCCGAGCUAGCCUUGGCCUUGACCUAUGCGGCGGGAAUAGCCGUCUACGUGGUGUUCAUAUCGGAAUCCAUGCAAAAGCUGCUCUCCGUCUACUACCCGUCACUAGGAAGCGACGAGUGGAGUUUGUACUUCAAACUAAUCAUCCUCGGGCCGCUGGUCCUGUGCUGCCAGGUCAGGGAGCUCAAGCACCUGGUGCCCUUCUCCUUCGUCGCCAACAUCACCAUGUCGCUGGCGUUCGCCAUCACCUUGUACUACACCUUCUCCAAGAUACAGCACGUCGAGGUGGCCGAGAGGAAGAUGUGGACCGAUUGGAGCGGCAUCCCCUCCUUCUUCAGCACCGCCAUCUUCGCCAUGGAAGGUAUCGGGACCAUCAUGCCGGUGGAGAACUCCAUGGUGACGGACAGGUUCUUGGGCUGCCCGGGCGUUUUGAAUUUGGGCAUGCUGGUGGUGGUUACCUUCUUCGCCACGAUGGGUUCCUUCGGUUACUACGCCUUCGGGGACGAAACAGCGGCUACCAUCACGCAGAAUUUGCCAUCGAACGAAAUAUUGGCGCAAGUGGUGCAGGCGGCCAUCUCCUCGGCGGUGUUCUUCACCUUCAUGUUGCAGUUCUACGUGCCCACGGACAUCGUGUGGAGGAAGAUCGAGCCUUUGGUGUCGCGGGAGCGCCGCGACUUGGCGCAGGUGCUGACCAGGACGGGCCUGGUGGUGUUCAUCGUGGCGAUCGGCGCCGCCGCCGGCCACCAUCUCGACGCCCUCAUCGAUCUGGCCGGCUCGAUUUUCCUGUCGACGCUCGGGUUCCUCAUACCGGCCGUCCUCGACAUCGUCAUCAACUGGGAGGACUGGGGCCGGUGGAAUUACAUCCUGGUGAAGGACCUGCUCAUCAGCGCGUUCUCGCUGUUCGGACUGGUGUCCGGUACUUAUUUCGCUAUAUUGGAGUUUUCGUGA